AUGACAAGCCAACGGAAAAUCCUUAUUGUCGCCUACUCAGGGCAAGGCCACGUCAACCCAGCCAUCCGGUUCGCCACCCGGUUAAUCAAGAUGGGUGUCGCUGUCACCGUUUGCACCAGUGAAUCCGUCGUACGCCGCAUCGACAAAGAAACCAUCCCUCACGGCCUAACCUUUGCUCCAUUUUCCGACGGCCACGACGGUGGCAAACAACCGACAACCCCCCUGGAACAGUUCGUCUCUGAUUUUGCUACAUACGGUGCUUCUGCAGUCGCAGAAAGCAUCAGCUCCGCCGCAGCUGCUGGUCAACUGUUUAACCACUUGGUCUACACAACCGUCAUCCCCUGGGCGGCGCGUGUUGCUGAUGCCCAUGGUGUCAAAGCGAGUCUUCUCUGGUGUCAACCGGCCGCUGUCUUGGAUAGUUACUACUAUUAUUUCAAUGGAUAUCAAGAACUGAUAUCCAGUAACGGAAACAACCUGACUUUUCCGAUCAACUUUCCUGGAAUGCCACCGUUAACCAUCGGUGAUUUACCGUCGUUCCUUUUAACCACAAACCCAAAGGAACACGAGUUUCUUAUACCACUUAUGAAAGAUCAUGUUGAUGUCCUCAAACUAGGUAAAAGAAUACUUGUUAAUAGUUUUAAUGAGCUAGAAGUCCAAUCCCUCGGAGCAAUCAAGCAAAUUGAGUACCUUCCGAUUGGACCCCUAAUCCCUUCGGAGUUCUUGAACGGAGAAGACUCAUCGGACAAUUCCUUGGGGGAGGAUUUCUUCGACAAAAAAGAGGAUGAGUAUAUCCAAUGGUUAAACACAAAACCCAAAUCGUCUGUCGUGUAUGUUUCAUUUGGAACAAUAGCGAGUUUUUCUAUGGAUCAAAUGGAGGAGAUGGCUAUCGGGUUGCUGGAGAGCCGGCGACCAUUUUUAUGGGUGAUAAGAGAUAGUGAGCAAGCGGGAAGAUUGAGCAAGAUAGAGGAACUGAAAAAACAUGGGAUGAUCGUGGGUUGGUGUUCUCAGGCGGUGGUGUUGAGCCACCAAGCAAUUGGGUGUUUUGUAAUGCAUUGUGGGUGGAAUUCGACGGCGGAGACGUUGGUGGCUGGUGUUCCUGCGGUGGUGUUUCCACAGUGGUCCGAUCAGCCGACCAACGCCAAGUUGCUGGAAGAUGUGUGGAAAACGGGGGUUAGGGUGAGGAGGAGGGAGAGAGAUGGAGUGGUGGAAGGGAAGGAGAUUGAGAGGUGUGUGAAAAUGGUGAUGGGAGAUGAUGAUAUAAAGAAAAAUGCAGUGAAAUGGAGAGAGUUGGCAAGAGAAGCUCUCAACAAUGGCGGAUCAUCCACCAUCAACCUCCUAGCUUUCUUGGACGAGGUUUGA